CGUACAACUCCGUGCGUCUCGCUCCUGGGACAAGAUAAAAAAAACAUUUAACGGACCUUGAUCACGAACAAACCUUUACAAUGAGUUAUUGACUCUCUCUUUUAGUCACAAGUCACCGAACUCCAUGGACGAAAUAUAUCCAAAUUAACGUUCUUUCAUUUUUUUGAAUUUCCUUUUUGACUGUUGGACUUGGUUGGGUUGUGUCGGUUGUUUUGACUUCAUGUAACGUGGAUGUUACCUGUGUCCGUGGCUGUGGCUGGAGGAUGAGCGCCGGCGUGGGGGUGACAGGGGACGCGACAGGAACUCAUAAUAUGCAGUCAAGCCUGUAGGGUAGACCAGGCUGGGCCCCCUGAUGAGUUGAGUCCCCCUCCCCCACCCCUCCUCUCCCAGCGUAGCCAGGUGGGAUGUUCCAGAUGUGUGUCCUCUUAUCUCUGCUCACCCUCUCUGGCUACACCCAGGUCUCCUCGGCGAAAUCUCUGAAGCUCCUGAUGGAACAAUGGACGAGCUACAAGAACCAGUGUUCUCAGAGCAUCGUCGCCACGACUCCCGCCACAGGAGUGGUGUGUAACAGGACGUUUGACCAGUAUGCCUGCUGGCCAGAUGGACUUCCUGGAACAACAGUCAAUGUUUCCUGUCCAUGGUACCUGCCCUGGUACCGCAAAGUCCAGCAGGGUGUGGUGUAUAGAGUGUGCAGUGGGGACGGACGCUGGGCCCCAAAGAACACCAGUGAGUGUGAGCAGGACGACCCAGGACAGCAGCACUAUGGUAGCAUCCUCAGUAAGUUCCGGGCCAUGUACACAGUGGGCUACUCCCUCUCCCUCGGAGCCCUGGUACUGGCUUUGGGCAUCCUGGUAUCAUUCAGGAAGCUCCACUGUAUGAGGAACAACAUCCAUAUGAAUCUGUUUUCCUCCUUCAUUCUGCGUGCUGUCUCCAUCCUGAUUAAAGAUGUCCUGCUAGACUCCCUGUCCGUCCCCCUGGCCCCCGGGGCUGACACCCACCAUCAGAUGGUUGCCGGGUGCCGUAUCGCCAUGGUGAUGAUGCAGUACAGCGUCAUCGCCAACAACUAUUGGCUGCUGGUGGAAGGCAUCUACCUGCACAGCCUCCUGGUCGUCACCGUGUUCACAGAGAGAAACUACUUCUGCAUCUACCUGUUUAUCGGCUGGGGUGCUCCUCUGAUAUUCGUGUUGCCGUGGGUGAUAGUCAAAUACCUGUACGAGAAUGAAGAGUGCUGGGAGAGGAACAUCAACAUGGGUUACUGGUGGAUUAUACGUUCUCCCAUCCUGUUAGCUUACCUGAUGAAUUUCUUUAUCUUCAUCCGGAUUAUAAAGAUCCUGAUGUCGAAGCUCAAGGCCCAUCAGAUGAGAUACACAGAUUACAAGUUCAGGCUGGCUAAAUCCACUCUGACCCUCAUCCCUCUGCUGGGUAUUCACGCCAUCCUCUUCACCUUAGUCAUCGAUGAGUCCGUCCCCAAAGGUUCCAAGAUGCGUCUCAUCCGCCUCUUCUACGACCUCCUCUUCAACUCCUUCCAGGGCCUACUGGUGGCCAUCUUGUAUUGUUUCGUCAACAAAGAGGUCCAGUCUGAGAUGUUGAAAAAGUGGAAGAGGUGGAAGCUGGGUAAAGACAUUGAGGAAGAGUACCGUCAUACAUACAGCCACACGCCUCACGUCAAGAGCGGCAGCAUCGUCACCGGCAACCUGGCCGGUGUCCAAGACAACGGCAACGACCCUAAAGACUCACAGUUGACCCCCAACCCUGACUACGACCCAGAUCCUAACCCUGCCUCAACCUCCAUCACCCCCAAUGAGAGCAGUAGAUUGGUGGGGUCCUGCCACAACAGGACGGAUAAAACAAAGACUCAAUCCUCCCUGCAGUGUCCCUCCACACCACAUGGUGGCACUAACAACUGCAGCACUCUGAUGGAGGACAUUUGUCUGGAGGAGAGGGCUCAGAGUUAUACACGCCCAGAGGAGGGCGCCGAAAGCAACUUCUGACCAACGGGGGAAGACCAUCCCCGGCCUAUGGAUAGAUUGGUUGAUUGAUAGAUGGACUGGUUGAUUGAUAGAUUGAUUGGUUGAUUGAUAGAUUGAUUGGUUGAUUGAUAGAUUGAUUGGUUGAUUGAUAGAUUGCUAAAGUGUUCGGGUGUAGAAAGAGACAACACACCUACUGGAGGGGACCGUUAAUGCACAGCAGGUCCAGAUCCUAUGGAUUGAUUGGUUGGUUGAUUGGUUGAUUGAUUGAUUGGUUGAUUGGUUGAUUGAUUGAUUGAUUGGUUGAUUGGUUGAUUGAUUGAUUGGUUGGUUGAUUGAUUGGUUGAUUGCAGGUCCAGAAGACUUGAUGGUCUGAAAAUAUGAAACAUUUUACUGUUUAUUUUUCUGUGACCAUAUUUUGACCCCACGGGAUUGACCACAUUCCCCCAUGUGUUCAGGUUGACAAGGACUACUGCUAAAGGGAAACUAGCAGGCCUGCUAGCUGUGUUCAGGUUGACAAGGACUACUGCUAAAGGGAAACUAGCAGGCCUGCUAGCUGUGUUCAGGUUGACAAGGACUACUGCUAAAGGGAAACUAGCAGGCCUGCUAGCUGUGUUCAGGUUGACUACUGCUAAAGGGAAACUAGCAGGCCUGCUAGCUGUGUUCAGGUUGACAAGGACUACUGCUAAAGGGAAACUAGCAGGCCUGCUAGCUGUGUUCAGGUUGACUACUGCUAAAGGGAAACUAGCAGGCCUGCUAGCUGUGUUCAGGUUGACAAGGACUACUGCUAAAGGGAAACUAGCAGGCCUGCUUGCUAGCUGUGUUCAGGUUGACUACUGCUAAAGGGAAACUAGCAGGCCUGCUAGCUGUGUUCAGGUUGACUACUGCUAAAGGGAAACUAGCAGGCCUGCUAGCUGUGUUCAGGUUGACAAGGACUACUGCUAAAGGGAAACUAGCAGGCCUGCUAGCUGUGUUCAGGUUGACUACUGCUAAAGGGAAACUAGCAGGCCUGCUAGCUGUGUUCAGGUUGACAAGGACUACUGCUAAAGGGAAACUAGCAGGCCUGCUUGCUAGCUGUGUUCAGGUUGACUACUGCUAAAGGGAAACUAGCAGGCCUGCUAGCUGUGUUCAGGUUGACUACUGCUAAAGGGAAACUAGCAGGCCUGCUAGCUGUGUUCAGGUUGACAAGGACUACUGCUAAAGGGAAACUAGCAGGCCUGCUAGCUGUGUUCAGGUUGACUACUGCUAAAGGGAAACUAGCAGGCCUGCUAGCUGUGUUCAGGUUGACAAGGACUACUGCUAAAGGGAAACUAGCAGGCCUGCUAGCUGUGUUCAGGUUGACUACUGCUAAAGGGAAACUAGCAGGCCUGCUUGCUAGCUGUGUUCAGGUUGACUACUGCUAAAGGGAAACUAGCAGGCCUGCUAGCUGUGUCCAUGUGUACGACCGCUAACCAAACGCUACCCUCGCUCAACAACUCCCUGGCUGUGCUCCGGGUUCUCCUUCCCUUUUCUAGAAAUGUGCACUAGCACCCCGUCAAUCAUUUAAAGCGUAGGAUUGGUGUAGCUUCACAUUGGCUGGAGGUAAUGACCCACCAUUUUCAGAUGCAUGUGAGGAAGUCCACACUGUGUGUCCCUGUUCUCUACUGCUACUGAGAGAUUCACUUGUCCUCUAUGUCUUUGUGAGUGUGGCCCAAACGGAGCCCUAGUCCCUAUAUAGUGCACUAUUUUAGACCAGGACCCUAUUGUAUAUAGUACACUACUUUAGACCAGAACCCUAUCGUAUAUAGUACACUACUUUAGACCAGAACCCUAUUGUAUAUAGUACACUACUUUAGACCAGAACCCUAUUGUAUAUAGUACACUACUUUAGACCAGAGCACUAUUCCCUAUAUACUACACUACUUUAUACCAGAACCCUAUUGUAUAUAGUACACUACUUUAGACCAGAGCCCUAUUCCCUAUAUAGUGCACUACUUUAGACCAGAGCCCUAUUCCCUAUAUAGUGCACUACUUUAGACCAGAGCCCUAUUCUCUAUAUAGUGCACUACAUUAGACCAGAGCCCUAUUCCCUAUAUAGUGCACUACUUUAGACCAGAGCCCUAUUCCCUAUAUAGUGCACUACAUUAGACCAGAGCCCUAUUCCCUAUAUAGUGCACUACAUUAGACCAGAGCCCUAUUCCCUAUAUAGUGCACUACAUUAGACCAGAGCUCUGUAUAGUGCAUAGGGUGCCAUAUGAAAGCUCAGCGCUGUGGUUCUGUAUGACCCUCAGCAGCCACCGUACUUCACUGUUGGCUUGCACGGUUUAGUUUAGAUCAGCACGUUCCGACCAAAACAACCAUGGACACGUCUUGUUGAUAACAUCUUGCAUAACUAAACCUAUUACAUAUUAUAGAUCUAAUCCGUGUCAAAAUAAGUCACAUUUACACAGAUUUACACACACGCACGCACGCACACACGCACACACAAAGAGACACACACACACAGAGAGACACACACACACAGAGAGACACAAACACGCACACACGCACACACAGAGAGACACACACACAGAGAGAGACACACACACACAGAGAGACACACACACACAGAGAGACACACACACACAGAGAGACACACACACGCACACACACACACACAGAGACACACACAGACACACACACAGAGAGACACACACACACACACACACACACACACAGAGAGACACACACACACACAGAGACACACACACACACAGAGACACACACACGCACACACGCACACACAGAGAGACACACACACACACACACGUUCCUGCCAGAGCGUUCUAUCUCUGCCCUCUCAGGCCAGGACAGGACCAGAUCAGAACACCCCAGAGAACAGACUCAGCUGUGGAACAACGGGACAUUCCAGAAUGUUGCCAGGUCUGUCUGGCAUUCAGACACACAUUUCUGGAACCCCCAAGGAUUAUGGGACUGUGGAGGACUGGAUCUCUCACUGUCUCUCUGAGAGGAUUAUGGGUAGUUUGUUUGGGUGCAAUUUGUUUUGGAGUGAAUAUUGAGUUUCUCCAUGAACUGUUGGCCCCAUUUGAGUGGACAGACAGAGAAACAGACAGACUCACAGACAGAGAAAUGGACAGACUCACAGACAGAGAAACAGACAGACUCACAGACAGAGAAACAGACAGACUCACAGACAGAGAAACAGACAUACUCACAGACAGACUGUAUAAAUGUAAUAUAUUCAGGUCCUAUAAGGACAGCCAACCUACCGACCACCAAUCAGACAAAAGGAUGCAUCAUACCAGCUCUUACCUCCAGGGGGACUAUAAGAUAUGGGGUACCCCCCUUCCCCCAUCCAUGCACCCCUCCCCCUUCCCCUCCUCCUCUUUUCGUUGACCCGACAUAUUCUGUCAGAAUGUCUGUAUGGUUGUGGACUAGCGCUAUGGACUAAUGGAGAUAUUACAAUGUCUGUAUGGUUGUGGACUAGCGCUAUGGACUAAUGGAGAUAUUACAAUGUCUGUAUGGUUGUGGACUAGCGCUACAGACUAAUGGAGAUAUUACAAUGUCUGUAUGGUUGUGGACUAGCGCUACGGACUAAUGGAGAUAUUACAAUGUCUGUAUGGUUGUGGACUAGCGCUACAGACUAAUGGAGAUAUUACAAUGUCUGUAUGGUUGUGGACUAGCGCUAUGGACUAAUGGAGAUAUUACAAUGUCUGUAUGGUUGUGGACUAGCGCUACAGACUAAUGGAGAUAUUACAAUGUCUGUAUGGUUGUGGACUAGCGCUAUGGACUAAUGGAGAUAUUACAAUGUCUGUAUGGUUGUGGACUAGCGCUACGGACUAAUGGAGAUAUUACAAUGUCUGUAUGGUUGUGGACUAGCGCUAUGGACUAAUGGAGAUAUUACAAUGUCUGUAUGGUUGUGGACUAGCGCUACGGACUAAUGGAGAUAUUACAAUGUCUGUAUGGUUGUGGACUAAUGGAGAUAUUACAAUGUCUGUAUGGUUGUGGACUAAUGGAGAUAUUACAAUGUCUGUAUGGGUGUGGACUAGCGCUACGGACUAAUGGAGAUAUUACAAUGUCUGUAUGGUUGUGGACUAGCGCUACAGACUAAUGGAGAUAUUACAAUGUCUGUACAUGUAGAUGGUGAAGAUACAAGGUUUUCUGUUUCUGUGGAUGUUUCAUUCUGUGACCUCACCAUGCAGGAAAACCUCUAGAUCGUAGGUCCUGGAGAAACUCCUAUACUUGUGAUCUACCCCAGCGUUUCUCAGACUAAUCAGAGCUUGAUGAUGCAAUGGGCUAAUACCCAAUAGGCUGAUCUGUCCUCACUGAACCCACGUACAGUGUGUGAGGUCGAGGGCGUCGUCAUCAUGAGUAGGGCCCAGAGGAUUUCCUGACUACGUUAACUAACCAGGAACGACUCUGCAAUCCCAUUGUUCUUAACUAACACCAGCUGAAGGCCUGGGCCUGUAUUCACAAAGCGUCUCUUGAGUGGCGCAGUGGUCUAAGUUACUGUAGCUACAGUGCCAGACGCAUCACUACAGAGACCCUGGUUCGAAUCCAGGUUGUAUCACAACUGGCUGUGAUUGGGAGUCCCACAGGGCGGUGCACAAUUGGCUCAGCGUCGUCCGGGGCAGGCCGUCAUUGUAAAUAAAAAUAUGUUCUUAACUGUCUUGCCUAGUUAAAUAAAGGUUUAAGAGUAUGAAUGCUGAUCUAGAAUCAGGUCCUCCCUGUCCAUGUAAUCUUAUUUGUUAUGUUCUGAAAGGCAAACCUGAUUCUAGAUCAGCGCUCCUGCUCCUAUUCUCAGACGUAUUGAGAAUACGGGCCCUGGGUAGGUCCCAUGGGCAGGGUAAACUCCUGUCUCUAGCCUACUCAUGACCUGAUAUCUCCAUGAUGUGUAGAAUGUACAUACCAAGUUCUAAAACAGAAGAAAAGGAAUGAAAUAUGUUGUUCUGUGUUCCGUUAGAAGUCGACAUGAUUCAAUGAUUAAAAGAGAUGACCAACUGAC